GAAGGGGCUGAUGGGGUUCCCGCACCAGGAUCCGGGACCCGAGGAGGCGACCCGCCUAUCACGCGCCGCCCGCGGAGGGCAGAGGAGGCAGCUCCUACCAGGCGUCCCCGACCGUCCCGGCUGCCGGGCGUCUCCCGCUGCCGCCUGCAGCCCGCCCGGCGCGCCCCCGCCCCAACCCCGGAGGGCAGGUACCUCGGAGCCCCGGCCCCCGGGAGCCUCCCGGCCGCGGUCGGAGCGUCCCUCCGGAUCCCUCAUCCGACGUCAGCGUCAGCCGAAGGCGAGGGAAAGGGGCGGGGGAGCGCAGGAGCCGGCCCUUCCUGCGGCGGCCGCCACCAGCCGGAAUAGCAGCCGGCGGUGCCCGUGCGCGCCGCAGCGCAGCGCAGCGGCCGGGGGGAGCGGGCGCCCUCGCCACCCGGCUACUGACCGUCGCCUGGGCUCCGCCGCCGCCUCCCUUCCCCGCUUCUUCCCUCCCGCAAACGCCCGCCGGGGCGACCCCCUCCGAGGGCGACCACAGGGAGGUGUUCCACGUGGCCGUAGCGUUUGCGUCACAAUGACCUGGCUGACAGGUGGGAGCCAAGGCGUACACCCCAGGGUUCCCUCCGUGCUGUGCCCAGUGCCUGCUGCUUGCUUCUAGGUUAAAUUUCUGUGGCUUUAGAGGACAGGAGGCUUCAUGACUUUGCCAAGAAAAGUUAGAGGCCUGCUGUACCUGGAAAUCAAGUUUGAGCUUAAAGAAUAAAGGAUAUAUUUUAAAAACA